AUGGGUGGCAAUACUACUGCAACCAAAUCAAUUGGCGGCCGUGGGAAUCCCAGAUCCAAGGCUGUAUCAAGAUCUUCUAAGGCCGGUCUCCAGUUCCCUGUCGGCCGUGUCGCCCGUUUCCUGAAAAAGGGUCGUUAUGCAGAACGAGUCGGAUCCGGUUCACCCGUUUACCUCUCUGCUGUUCUUGAAUACCUCGCUGCGGAGUUAUUGGAGCUUGCUGGGAAUGCUGCAAGAGAUAACAAGAAGAAUCGGAUUAUUCCAAGGCACAUUCAGUUGGCAGUGAGGAAUGAUGAGGAGUUGAGCAAGUUGUUGGGUUCGGUGACAAUUGCGAAUGGUGGUGUUCUGCCCAAUAUUCAUCAAACACUUCUGCCAAAGAAGGCUGGUGGGAAGGGUGAAAUUGGGUCUGCUUCACAAGAAUUUUAG